UUCAUUCAGUUCGCCAGCGGAUCAUUCAGAAUCAUUGUCAAGUGCAACCUGCAGCAACAGCAGCACCAACAGCAGCAACAGGACCAGGAACAGCACCAACAUCAACAUAAUCUAUUACAAUCGCAGCGUCAGCCAAAAGUAUUUUACAGUAUAAACAUCAGUCGAGAGCCAACAAAAUGCUGGCCAGCGAGAAUUUUCCCACACAUCACUUCAAGGAAUCUAUAUUUAAGCCUUACAGUACAAGUGGCGAUGAUUUGGCAAGCGUUAACCCAUUGACAGCAGCCACAUUGGUGGCUGCCACGUCGUCAUCGGCUGAUUCCGCCUCCGCAGUUGCAUUCGAGACGGCCAGCAAAAUGUUAGCCGCCAACAAUAACAGUAACACGGAUCCCAAGGAUGAUCUAUCUAGUUUUGUGGCCAGCCAUCCAGCGGCCGAGUUUGAGGGCUUUAUACGUGCCUGCGUCGACGAGAUCAUAAAGCUGGCGGUCUUCCAGGGCACAAAUCGCUCCUCCAAGGUCGUCGAAUGGCACGAGCCAGCCGAACUGAGCAAGCUCUUCGACUUCCAGCUGAGGGACAAAGGUGAAUCCCAGGAUAAGCUCCGUGAGUUGCUGAGGGAAACGAUUCGAUUCUCGGUCAAGACUGGACAUCCGUACUUCAUCAACCAGUUAUAUUCGGGUGUGGAUCCCUAUGCCCUAGUGGGACAGUGGUUAACCGAUGCCCUUAAUCCCAGCGUGUAUACGUAUGAGGUGGCUCCAUUGUUUACUUUGAUGGAGGAGCAAGUGCUGGCCGAGAUGCGGCGUAUUGUAGGAUUCCCCAAUGGAGGCCAGGGCGAUGGCAUCUUCUGUCCUGGCGGUUCGAUUGCCAACGGUUAUGCAAUCAGCUGCGCCCGCUACAGACACUCGCCUGAAUCCAAGAAAAAUGGACUCUUCAACGCGAAGCCAUUGAUUAUCUUCACCUCGGAGGAUGCUCACUACUCGGUGGAGAAGCUGGCCAUGUUCAUGGGUUUUGGAAGCGAGCAUGUCCGCAAGAUAGCCACCAACGAGGUGGGCAAGAUGCGGCUGAGCGACCUGGAGGAUCAAGUGAAGCAGUGCCUCGAAAACAACUGGCAGCCCCUGAUGGUCUCAGCCACAGCAGGAACCACAGUGCUGGGCGCUUUCGAUGAUCUAGCUGGAAUCUCGGAGCUGUGCAAGAAAUACAACAUGUGGAUGCACGUAGAUGCGGCUUGGGGAGGCGGUGCCCUCAUGUCUAAGAAGUAUCGCCAUCUCCUUAAUGGCAUCGAACGUGCUGAUUCAGUAACUUGGAAUCCACACAAGCUGCUUGCUGCUUCGCAGCAGUGUUCCACCUUCUUGACGCGUCACCAGCAGGUGCUGGCCCAAUGCCAUUCAACCAACGCUACCUACCUGUUCCAGAAGGACAAGUUCUAUGACACAUCUUUUGAUACCGGUGACAAACACAUUCAGUGUGGUCGACGAGCGGAUGUCUUCAAGUUCUGGUUCAUGUGGAAGGCCAAAGGUACGCAGGGAUUGGAGGCCCAUGUCGAGAAGGUCUUCCGUAUGGCUGAGUUCUUCACCACCAAAGUGAGGGAGCGCCCAGGAUUCGAGCUGGUCCUCGAGAACCCCGAAUGCACCAACAUCAGCUUCUGGUAUGUACCGCCUGGUCUACGGCAGAUGGAGCGCAAUCGGGAGUUCUACGACAGACUGCACAAGGUGGCACCCAAGGUGAAAGAGGGUAUGAUCAAGAAGGGCUCCAUGAUGAUCACUUACCAGCCGCUGCGACAGUUGCCUAACUUCUUCCGCCUGGUGUUGCAGAACUCCUGCCUGGAGGAGUCGGACAUGAUCUACUUCCUGGACGAAAUCGAGUCGUUGGCCGAAAACUUGUAAAUGGAAGCGAAAGCAUGUUAUGAGGUUAAGUGUUGAAAACAUUCUAUUUAGGCUUAUGCCGAUUAUAUCUUCUAGUGUAUGGUUAAUAUGGAUGUUUAGUAUUACCUAAAAAAGAACAAAAAUACAUAAUUAUAGGUCAUUUGAUUUAGACUAAA